UUAUUACUUGUGUAAGCAGCAGCGGGUUUCUCACGUAUGAAUGCAAUGUCACUCCUUAUUAACAACAUUUAAGCAAACAUUUAAGGAUUUUUUAAAAGUAUUAUAAUUUGACAUUGGGCAUGAUGCACGGAGGUGGGAGUGGCAGUAGUAGUAGUGGUGCAAUACCUAAAAGGGGUGGAAACGGGUCGAGUGAAUCGUUAUCAUCAGAUUCUAAGUCAUCUUUUUCUAAGGAUUCGCAAGGUCAAAGUUCCACCAGCUCGACGUCGAACGAGCCGCAUAUCUCCAGAUAUCAGUCCUCCGCCGUGUUUAGCAGUGAUAGGCCUGCCAAUGGAGAAGAAGUUCCAGUAAUUCCGGGAGAAAAAUUGCAGCGAAUGAGUAGAGAUGUGACCUAUCUAUGCCCCUUUGGUGGACCUAUCAAAGGGAAUUUGUAUCUAACAAAUUAUAAAUUAUAUUUUGCCAGUAAAGAUAGACAAAAUACGUUUGAAGUGCCUUUAGGAGUGGUAAAUCGGGUAGAGAAAGUGGGUGGGGUUUCCAGCAGAGGAGAAAACUCGUACGGGAUUGAAAUAUUUUGUAAGGACGUCCGCAGCUUAAAGUUUGCCCACAAUCCUGAAAAUCAUUCAAGACGAGAAUUCUUUGAGGAUUUACAACAACUCGCGUUUCCAAUUUCGAAAAAGUUGUUACCAUUUGCCUUUUCGUAUAGUGAACAGUUUCCAGAGUAUGGAUGGAGUGUAUAUGAACCCAUUCAAGAGUUAAAGCGUUUGGGAAUACCCAACGAAUCGUGGAAGAUUACAAGGUUGAACGACAAGUACGACUUGUGUGAUAGUUACCCUUCAGUUUGGGCCAUUCCUGCCGCUGCUGAAGAAGAACUUAUCCGCUCGGUGGCAUCGUUCAGGUCUCGAAGUAGACUACCAGUCAUAUCUUGGUUACACCCCUUCAGUCAAGCGAGCAUCACCCGGGCGAGUCAACCCAUGGUGGGUGUCGCCGCGAGGAGGAAUAAGGACGAUGAACGGUAUCUGCAAAUGAUUCUAGACGCAAACGCUCAGGCACAUAAACUUUACGUUAUGGAUGCCAGACCAAAUGCUAAUGCUUUGGCAAAUAAAACGAAGGGAGGAGGCUAUGAAUCUGAAGAUGUGUAUCAGAACAUUGAACUAGUAUUUUUGGAUAUUCAUAAUAUUCACGUUAUGCGAAGUUCUUUGGGGAAAUUGAAAGAUAUUUGUUACCCUACAAUCGACGACAGUAAAUGGCUAUCAAAUGUGGAAGAAACGAGAUGGCUGGAACAUAUCAAGUGCAUAAUAUCAGGCGCUGUCCGCAUUGUAGAUAAAGUGGAAAAUAACAAAACAUCAGUGCUAGUACAUUGUUCGGAUGGAUGGGACAGAACCUCACAGUUGACAUCACUCUCAAUGUUGCUGCUCGACCCAUACUACCGAACAUUGAAGGGAUUUGAAGUCCUAAUCGAGAAGGAAUGGCUCAGUUUUGGGCAUAAGUUCCAAAAUCGAAUUGGUCACGGAGAUGAUCGCCAUUCAGAUGCGGAUCGCUCGCCAGUCUUCCUCCAGUGGGUGGAUUCAGUUUACCAAAUAACUCUCCAAUUUCCUUAUGCCUUCGAGUUUAAUGAGUACUUUCUCAUCACAAUCCUCGACCAUCUGUACUCUUGUCGAUUUGGGACAUUCCUCUACAACACGGAAAGAGAAAGGUGGACGAACGACUUGAAGAAGAAAACCGUUUCCUUAUGGUCAAGUAUCAACUCGAGGAAGGAAUUAUAUCUGAAUCCGUUCUACUGUGAAGAGACGGGUGCCAAUCGUGUCCUCUUACCAAAGGAAAAUGAUUUGGUUCGGAAACACGAUAGACUAGCCCAUGUGCUACUACCAAACCCUGCCAUUCGUCAUAUGAAAACUUGGACGGGAUAUUACUGUAGAUGGAACCCGAGGAUGCGAUCUCAGGAACCUGACUGGGCCGUAUAUCAAAAAUUGCAAUCCUUCAAGUCACAACUAGAAAGAAAAUUGGGCGAUGUCCGGCUGGAAGUCGAAUCCACCAGAACGCACCACAUGCUUCACUCCCUACAAGUCUGAAGAACUAAAAUUACCUUGACUAAAUAUGCUGACUGCUUUAAAUUGAUAUCGUCUAAACUAACUACAUGUAUUAACUAUAUUCUAUUCUACCAUGCAUUAUUCUAAGGUUUUAAUAAUUUAAAUCGAGAAAUAUAUAUCUACACAACUACACAUUAAUAUUAAGUAUUACGGUCUUGCGAGAUGAUGAUGUAAUGUAGUACAUUUACCCAGAUAUUUAUUAUUUACCAUAUCAUCGGAAGAAACUAAUGUCUACAAUCUAUAUAUUCUUCGUAAGUUUUAAUGUCCUUAUACUAUUCCGGCAUGAAAUAAUAACAGUUUUAGCCCGUGUCUGCCGCGUGAGUAGUGAGUACACGCUUGAUAUUUAUGCAAUGGCUAGUAAAUUUUUGUAAUUUUAUGCUACUCCUUUUUCCAGAGAUAAUAAGAAAUUAAGUACAAUCACAGA